AUGAGCUCAUUCAACAACACCCCUAACUUCGACAAUCCGCUCCUCCAAACCCUAAUGGGUCGUCUCCAAAUCCGCCCACCCAACUCCUCCCAGCGCCCUUUCGUCGCCAAAUCCCUCGAGGACCUCCUUUUCGACGCUGUCAACAAUCUCUCCGAUGACUCCGAUGACGACGACGACAACGCCAUGGAUCCCAGGACCCAGCUUCGCAAGGAGGAGGCCAAGCUCGAGAAGGACAUCAUCCGGGUGAUUCUAUCGGGCAAGACCGAUUCUUUGAAGCCCAACUCCGGUCAGGCGGUUACCAUCGGCGAGCACCAUAUCUGUGUCGGGUUCCACGAGGAGAAGGGGUCGGAUUACAGAGUGUGGGAGUGGCAUGGCCACAUCAUGCUGUUUGACGAAGAGAACGGGUACACCCCCGAGUAUAUCUAUGGGAAUCACUUCGAGAGGUUGCUUGGUGGUGGUGUCUCGCGUGGAGGUGGUGCGGUUAGUCGGUCGCAUAAGGAGGAGGAGGAAGAUGAUGAGGAGGAGGAAGGAGGAGAGAAAGAAGAGGAGAGAACGGCGAAUUUGGGGUUGAGGGAGUUGAUUGACGGUGGUGAUUCCAGUGGUGCUCGGAUACUGCAUAGGAAUGUCGUCACCGGCGCAAAGAUCGCGUCCGUGCCCGUCCUGUUUUCGACGAUCAAAAUGGCGCCGAAGCCGGCAGAGAAGAAGCCAGCGGAGAAGAAGCCCGCGGAGGACAAAUCGCCGACGGCGUCGGCGGAGAAGAGACCGAAGGCGGAGAAGAGAGUGGCGGAGAAAGGCGGGGACAGCAGCAAGAAGAAGAAGAAGGUGAAGAAGAGCAGCGAGACGUACAAGAUCUACAUCUUCAAGGUCCUGAAGCAGGUGCACCCUGACAUCGGGAUCUCCAGCAAGGCGAUGGGGAUCAUGAACAGCUUCAUCAACGACAUCUUCGAGAAGCUGGCGCAGGAAGCCUCCCGCCUGGCCCGCUACAACAAGAAGCCCACCAUCACGUCGAGGGAGAUCCAGACCGCCGUCCGAUUGGUCCUCCCCGGCGAGCUCGCCAAGCACGCCGUUUCCGAGGGCACCAAGGCCGUCACCAAAUUCACCAGCUCUUAA